CAUCCGCAUCCAUGUGUUCCUUGCCUCGCUCCACAUUUCCAAUAUUUCCAAUAUUAAGGAGUGCUCUGCAUACAAAGAACCUUAGAAUGAAACAAACAUCUCAUAAAAGUAGAAAUACAGGUUUUUCUUGGUAAGAGAAAAAGGAAGAAAAAUUAUUUAGAGAAAGAAUGCUUUAAAAUGUAUUAUUGCAAGUCAUGGGGGAAUCCAAGUCAUUUUUAUGGUUUCCAAAGAACGGUAGAGAACGGAUUGAAAUUUGGGGAGGUCAGCCCGGGGCUAUUCCUCUUGUUCUUCUUCUGGAAAGAGGAAUGUUCGUAAUAUACAUCAAUCAAUGUUAUGUGAAAACAAGAAGAAAAUACGUUAAUGGGAAAUAUGAAAACAAGUAAAUGCCGAGUUGGAGGAUGAAGAAAAACGAAAUUGGAGGCGAGGCCUUUACAGUUGCGUGAGGGCAUGGGGAGGAAGAGGCCAAUAGAUGGAGCAGUCAGCCGUCAAGGUCAAGGUGGGGGCAAAGCACUUAGGACUUUGGUGUCAAGUCAGUCAAAUAAGCACUUAGGACUUUGGAGUCAAGUCAGUCAAAUAACGAGGCUCUGAAUUGGAAUUCCACAGCACGGCAAGAGUUGCAGAUUAGAGACUCUUCUCUCCUGAUCUAUAACUAUUUAAGUAUGCUGUCUUGGAUGCACAUGCCCAUGUACACUCUGGAGAAUAUGCAUAAUAAUAGUCCAUCUCAUGUAAAAUGUUGGUGGUGGAGGGUGGUUCUCAUCCACUGGUUCUUGGUAUCAGGACUGCAGGCCCAACAAGCCUACCUCAACAACGAUCAGCUUGACUGCGACAACAACUCUAAUAAUACCAAGGGAUUCGUCUGCAACGGCCCUCGCAAAUCAUGUCUUUCCUACCUCACCUUUCGAUCCGCUCCACCAUCCUACGACUCCCCACCUUCCAUAGCCUAUCUCCUCAACUCCAACCCCUCUGAUAUCGCCACCAUUAACCAAAUCUCGGAUGUUAACAAGAUCCCCAAGGACACUGUCCUCAUUGUGCCGGUCAAUUGUUCUUGUUCAGGCCAUUUCUACCAGUACAACGCCUCCUACACCUUGAAGUAUGAUUUCGAGAAUUACUUCACCCUCGCCAACAACACCUACCAAGGCCUCACCACUUGCCAGGCACUCAAGGCUCACAACCCAUAUUACUAUCGAAACCUUUCCGUGGGUAUGGACCUGCUGGUUCCUCUCAUGUGCGCCUGCCCCACCGCCAACCAGACCGCCGCCGGCUUCAACUACUUGCUCACUUAUCUCGUUACUUGGGGCGAUUACAUCUCUUCAAUUGCAGAUACCUUCGGUGUCGAUGACAUACAGUCCAUAUUUGAUGCCAAUAGCCUCUCUUCCGACCUUAUUUUCCCCUUCACCCCAAUUCUUGUCCCGCUAAAGAAUCCUCCCACCAGGAUCCAAACUACCCUCUCUCCACCGCCUCCAAAAUCGCCCGUAGUCCCCAACGGUGGAGGGGCUGAUUCUUCCAAGAAAUGGGUUUAUGUUGGGGUUGGGAUUGGAGCCGCUUUACUCGUUCUUUUAAUGCCCUCCGGAAUUAUAUUAUGUCUACUUCGCCGCCGUCUCCAAUCUCGACAAGACAAGCCGGUCCCGGGAGCUGGAGGAGGCACGAAGAAGCCUUCGUACUCCAUGGAAAACAACAUAUCAUUAUCUGUUUCUUCAGGAGGCAUUCGUCACGCAGUAGAGUCCUUGACGGUGUACAAGUAUGAGGAGUUGCAAAAGGCAGCUGGAUUUUUCGGAGAAGCUAACAGAAUUAAGGGUUGUGUAUACAGGGGUUUGAUUAAGGGUGAUGAUGCGGCCAUAAAGAUGAUGAAAGGAGACGUGUCUGAGGAGAUCAAUAUACUGAAACUGAUCAAUCAUAGCAACGUGAUCAGGCUUUCAGGUUUCUGCGUACACAAGGGGAACACCUACCUAGUUUAUGAGUAUGCGGAGAAUGGGUCUCUCAGCGACUGGCUUCAUGGUGAUGGUCGAAUUCGUUCUACUCUGGGAUGGAAGCAGAGGGUUCAAAUAGCCUGUGAUGUGGCGAAUGCCCUGAAUUACCUCCACAACUUCACCAAUCCCCCAUGUAUACACAAGAACUUGAAGAGCAGCAACAUCCUCUUGGAUGGUAAUAUGAGAGGCAAGGUCGCCAAUUUUGGGCUGGCAAGAAGACUGGAGAAUGAAGUGGGGGGAGGUGGACGGCUGCAACUGACGAGACAUGUGGUGGGGACUCAGGGCUACAUGGCCCCUGAGUACAUGGAGAAUGGCUUGAUUACCCCAGAACUGGAUGCUUUUGCUUUUGGUGUGGUGAUAUUGGAGCUGUUAACAGGCAAGGAAGCCGCACCUUCUCAAAACAAGGAGGGGAGGGGGUUGUGUGUGUCAGUAAACGAGGUGCUUGAGGGGGAUGAUGUGAGACACAAACUGAGAGGCUUCAUUGAUCCUUGCCUCACCCAUGACUACCCCUUUGAUUUGGCUUUCACAAUGGCCCAGCUGGCUAAAUCUUGCAUUGCCCAUGAUCUUAAUGCUCGCCCAACCAUGUCUGACAUUUUGAUUGUCCUCUCCAAGAUUCUCUCCUCCUCCUUGGACUGGGAUUCAUUUGAUGAUUUUCAAUCCACUGGCUUUCUAAGCCAUGGGUGAUAGGUGCCUGGUUUCUUACCUCCAGCAAUAAUUCUGGUGAUUUCACUCACAAGCCACUACUCCUGCUACCUCUCUCUCUCUCUCUCUCUCUCUAUGUUAGAAAUAGAAUGUAGAAGUAAUGGGACACAGCUUCUAUUUCAGAUUUAAGGAGAAUUUUGCAUGCAAUUCAACUUUUCUGCUACUAA